AGACAAAUACAGAUUACGUGAUGACAAAGUGAUUUUACACUCCCAGCAAACACUAACAUUCUGAUAAAAUGUUCUGCAGCUAACCCAAAAGGUGGAAGCCAUGGGCAUCAUUUUUGACAGUAGUGAUGAAAAGGACACUUCUCCACUUAUUGACUCAAGGUACAAAAGAAUUGUCACAAAGGAUGGCCACAGGAACCUCAAGCUAGAACCCCCCCCCCCCAGGAAAAGUACUGAACACCUAGAAGAUACCUGGUCGAUCUUGAUGGCCAUUAGGUGGCACUGGAUGUUACUAGCUUUCUCGGGAGCUUUUGUGGCUCAUUGGCUCUUCUUUGCUUGCUUUUGGUAUUUAUUGGCAUACACGCAUGGUGAUUUAGUUGUAUUAGAUCAUAACAACUCACUGGAAAACCACACUAUCUGUGUGAAAUAUAUUGAUAGCUUCACUGCAGCUUCUUCUUUCCUGCUGGAAACUCAGCUUACAGUUGGUUGUGGAACCAUGUACCCUGACAGUGACUGCCCAGCUGUAAUUGCUCUUCUUGCAGUUCAAAUGCUGUUGGGACUCAUGAUGGAAGCCUUAAUUACAGGUGUCUUUGUGGCAAAGAUUGCCAAACCCAAACUUCGAACAACAAUUAAAUUCAGCUACUUUGCUACUGUUGCACAACAUGAAGGGGAACCAUGCCUGAUGUUCAGAAUAGCCAACAUGUGGCAGAGCUCAUUAACAAAUGUUAAAGUAACUGCCAUUUUAUAUAAAGCAUACAAAACUAAACACCUUCAUCAGACAAACAUUGAUUUUCGAAUUGACUAUCUAAACUCGAACAAAUGUCCAUAUCUCAUCUUUCUGCUUAUGUUCUAUCACACCAUCAAUCAAUAUAGUCCUUUCUAUCCACUGAUUCAAGGAAAGAUGCCACCCUACUACGAAUUAGUAAUCUUUUUGUCAGCAGAACAGGAAGGUAUUCGAGAGACUUGCCAGAAGAGAACCUCUUAUAUUCCUGAAGAAAUCAAACUCAACCAACAGUUUGCUCCUGUGAUAAGCUGCACAAGCUGCAAAGGGUACAAGAUUGAUUUGGACAACUUUGACAAGACAAUUCCAGGAUUUCCUGAGCUACUUAAUAGAAAGUAUGCAAAGGAGAACGAUUUUGUUGUGAACAUCAGCGAUCGUGCUGAUAUACUAUUCCAUGAUAGUGCUAUUUGA